GCAGACUCUUCUUUCCCAGGAUGCAACGUCACCAUCCACAACCGCUGCAGGGACAGCGUGGCGAGCUGUGCCAAGAUGAAGCAGAGGCAACAGAAGCUGACGUUAGUCAGAAACAAUUCGGCUCUACAGAACGUCGCUCUGCGGACCAAAACUCCGAUGAUGAAGGAGCGUCCGAGCUCAGCUAUCUACCCCUCAGACACUCUGCGACAGUCUCUGCUGGGAUCCAGGCGGGUUCGGUCCGGCCUCACGCUCGCCAAGAGCGUCUCCACCAAUAACAUUGCCGGGGGGACAGAGGAGUCCGUCGGUCUCCGUAGGAUUCUGUCCCAGUCCACCGAGUCGCUGAACUUCCGCAACAGAACUCUGUCCAUGGAGUCCCUGACCGACGACGGCGAGUGGUGGUGGAGCCCCCUGCUGGAGGAGCUGCAGGCGGAGGGCGGCUGCGUCCAGGCCGACAGCUGGAGCAUGGCGGUGGACUCCAAGUUCCUGCAGACGCAACACAAAGACGUCAUCAAGCAGCAGGACGUCAUCUAUGAGCUGAUCCAGACGGAGUUCCACCACGUCCGGACGCUGCGGAUCAUGGAGGGUGUUUACCGGCGAGGGAUGCAGGAGGAGGUGCUGCUGGAGGCAGGUGUGGUCCACACCAUCUUCCCCUGCCUAGACCAGCUGCUGGAGCUGCACGCCAACUUCCUGUCCCAGCUGCUGAGCCGCAGGAAGGACGGGCUGCAGGAGGGCAGCGCCAACAACUUUACUGUCCGCCGCCUGGGCGACCUGCUGCUGCGACAGUUUUCAGGUCAGUGUGCUGAAGACAUGAAGAAGCUUUACUCCGAGUUCUGCAGCCGCCACCCCAAAGCAGUGAAACUCUACAAAGAAGUGCUGAACCGAGACCGCAGGCUGCAGCAGUUCAUCAGGCGGGUUUGUCGCGGUCCUCUGCUGCGUCGCCAUGGCGUCCAGGAAUGCAUCCUGCUGGUCACCCAGCGGAUCACCAAAUACCCGGUUCUGAUCCAGAGGAUCCUGGACAACACCAAAGGCUGUCCGGACGAGCGGCGAGACCUGCAGGAGGCCCUGGUUCUUCUGAAGGAGCUGAUCGGCUCGGUGGAUCAGGAGGUUCUGGAGUUGGACCGGAACCGGAGGCUGCAGGAGGUCCAGGCCCGGUUGGACCCGCGGGCCCAGGCUGAGGUGAAGGGAGGCGGCGCGUUCAGAGGGGGGGAGCUGCUGAGGAGGAAGCUGCUCCAUGAGGGGACGCUCACCUGGAAGGUGCAGGGCUCCAGGAUGAAAGAUGUGCAGGUCUUGCUGAUGUCAGACAUCUUAGUUUUCCUCCAGGAAAAGGACCAGAAGUUCACUUUUGCGUCACUGGACAAGUCCCCUGUGGUUUCCCUGACCAAGCUGAUCGUCAGAGAAGUAGCCAAUCAGGAAAAAGGGAUGUACCUGAUCAGUGACUCCGCCCCUCCAGAGAUGUACGAGCUGUACGCUUCGUCCAAAGACGACCGGAAGACGUGGAUGAGCUGCAUCCAGAAGGCCGCUCAGAGCUGUCCUUCCAGAGACGAGUUUCCUCUCAUUGAGACUGAAGACAAAGCUUUACAGCGCCGCCUCAGAGCUGACAUCCAGCAGAAGGACAAGGAGGUUCUGGAGCUCCUGCAGGAGCGGGCCACCUUGUUCUCCGACCUGGUCCAGGCCACGGCGCGACAAGACGGAGAGGAGCAGCAUGUGGAGGCAAAAACCUCCUCCUCUAACCGGAACCUGUUCAGAGCCGACACGCCGCACGCUCCCAAAGCAGAACCGCUCCUCCUGGCCGCCAUUGGAGAAGUUGACAAACUGGCGGCGCUGCUGUCUGACACCAGCAAUCAGAAAUCCUCCAUAACCAACGGCAACCAGGACAUCAGCAAUGGGGACUCGGGUUCUGUCAACGGUUCUUUUAAACUCAACAGCUCUUCCAAGGACCGGAACGGAAACCAGCUGCAGGAACGGACCCUGAACGAGGAAGUGCGUCAGCGGCUGGUCGGGCUCAGCACGCAGCUUCACGCCCUGCAGGCGGCGGUGAUCCGGCAGGACUCGAUCCUGGAGCUGUCGGCGGGCGCUGCCCCCCCGGCCGGCCCGGGCUCCGCCCCCCGCCUGGUGCGGUCGAUGUCGCGCGAUGCGGCGCUGGACGCCAGCGGCGAGGUGGUGCUGCUGCGGCGGCAGGUGGAGCUGCUGCAGGAGGAGCUGUCGCGGCUGCGUCUGAAGACAGAGGAGGGCGGCAAGAAGGGGGCGGGGUCCGGAAAGAAGAAGAAGAAGAACAAAGGGAAGGGCGACGCCUCCAAGGACCAGCAGGUUGACAGGAAGCUGGAGGCCGAGCCGCCCGCCGUCGCCCCGUUGGCCGUAGAGGAUCCUGUCGACCAGUUAGAUGGCCUGGAGGAGGGGCCUGAGGAGGAGGAGGAGGAGGAAGUGAUGAAGAUCUCGCCGCGCUCCGACAGUCCCAGAGAUCUCCAGGACAUUCCCGAGGAGAGCGAGAGCUAACCUCCCAGUGGAUUUCGUCGCCAUGAUGUCACUGUGAUGUCACCGUGAUGUCACCAUCGCUACCAGAGAUCCACUCGCUGUCGGACAUUUUCCUUUAACAUUUCCUAAAUUUUCUGUUCGAUACAGGAAGUGUAACCAUGACAACUGUUUACUGAUCAUGUCUGCUGGAGGGGGAGGGGCUUGCAUAUAGGGAGGGGCUUACAGAGGCUGUGGUCAGCUCUGAUUGGAGGCCAUAAGGCCAGUGGGCGGAGUUUGUGUGUCUCAGUCCAAAGUUCAAAAUCUUCUUCAAAAAAAGCUUCAGGCGAUUGGCCGUCCUGGGAGCUGGAGACCAGUACAGGUUACUGGGAGCUACUGGGAGGGCUAGGGGGAAAAGAAGCUGGAGUGAAACUGUGGAUAAAUUAGGAAAUGCUGCUUGCCAGGAUUUCAGAUAUUAAAACGAGAGACUGAUCAAUAAGUAAUAAUUGAUUUGGCCUGAUAGGAACGCUGAUUCAGCAGAUCUCAGAGCGGACCGACCUGCUGAGCUUCACUGGAAGCAGAAACAUUUCUGUUCCUGGCUCAGAGCCAAACAUGAGACACAUGAACGGUCACCACACUACAUUACCCAGAAGGCCUUUGGAGCUGCAGCCUGACUGUGGGAACUUUAUUUAAACAGAAGUAGUUUUAGAAACUUUUAUUCUGUUUGUUACGUCUGAAUAUUUAGCUUCAAAAUCUGUUCCAUCUUCAGGUGAAGCCAAAAAGUUUUUAAUACAGCAGCAGGGUGGGGAGAGGGGACCAGUUAGAGAUGGGGACUGGGAGGACUGGGAGGACUGGGAGGGAGGUCUGCAUGGGUCACAGCUGCUGUACAUUAGCAUGUUAGCAUGGCUGUUUUUUCAAUAAGAGUUAAUUAACCAGUUUGUGUCAACAUGAUGAUGAUGAUGAUGAUGAGGUCACAUGAUGUAAACACUAUGAACCUGAUGAUGGACACAAACGACUCCAGCUGAUGAAGAUGAUGAUGAAGGUUUCCUGUCCAGAACAUUUCAGAGAAUUUACAGAAACAUCUGGAAGAUCCAGAAGAACCUGAAACCUUUCAGGAUCCGAUUAUUGAUUUCUGCUGAAUAUAAAAAUUUCAGAAACUU